AUGAAACAGUCCGAAGCAUGUUCUAGAGUAGGGAAUACGAAAGCUCCGGGCCUAGAUGGAAUUCCAAACAUUGCACUAAAAGCUGCCAUUAAAGCAGAGCCUGCAAUAUUCCUUGACGUUUAUAACAAGUGCCUCGCAGAAGAAGGAUCUAAGCAGCAGUUGAACCGCUUCUUUCCAGGAGCCAAUACGGCUUUCGAAAAGGACGCUCUACCUUGGAUGCAAUUAGCGUUGUCGUCAAUACAGCUAAGGACGCAAUCGCCGGAACCAAAUGGAAGGGAGGAUCCUAAAAUAUUACACAAAGACUGGUCCGAAAACAUUCAAAGUCACUGGAGGAGUACCCCAAGGCUCAGUUCUAGGCCUAAGUAUGACGGAUUAUUAAAACUAGAACUUCCAAAAGAAGUCAAACUCGUAGCAUAUGCAGAUGAUGACGCCGUAGUGGUCGUUGCAAAGCAUUUCGAAGCAAUCACCUUCGCAUUUGAUGCUACCAUCGAAAAGAUUAGCCACUGGAUGAAAACAGUUGGACUGCAGUUGGCAGAACACAAGACUGAGGCAGUACUCGUUACUGGCAGGAAGCGGUUGGAAACCAUCACACUGCAAGUCGGAGCACAUGAAAGCACAUCCCAGCCGUCUCUUCGGUAUCUGGGCGUUAUGAUUGAUGCCCGACUCAACUUCAAGCAGCAGGCACAACACAACAACAGGUGGGCGCCAAAGCGUCGGUGGUCAGAGCGACUUUAUCAAGGCUGA